CACUCUCGAGCUCGCUUUUGCCUCUAACUUCUCCCGACUCUGUUAUAACUUAUGACUAUGCGAAUUUGGCUCCUCUAUUAAGAAAUCAGCAUUGUAAGGAUUUUGAGUUUUCUGCAAUAUCAGAAUCAGAACACUCUGUUCUCUUCCUUUCUCAAAUUCUCACUGCUUGUCAUUCCGUUUUCCUUAUAAUGAUCAUAACAUCCAUUUUGGGUUAGUGUGUCUCGUCAAAAGAUAUUCCUUUUUUGCAAAUAAUUAAUUGUUCCAGAUCCUUGGAUAUCUAUAUCCACCACCGUUGGGGAUCAAAGAGUGUUUUCUUUGUAUUUUUUUGCUUCGUGAAAUUAAGAAUGUCUUCUGCAAGGAACCCAGUUCUCUUUUCAGUUCAAAGACCUCGAAUUUCAUCGCUUUAUUUACUACCUAGAAGAAUUUCGACCAACCAUGGUUUGCUUAAAGCCCGUUCCCUUGAGCCUAAAGACUCAGGUUUGGCGUUUUCGCCAUUGUCGGAGAAUGGGAAGCAUCUGGGAAUUUUGCAUCCUGGGAAGCCGUUGGGGUUGGGCAUGUUUGGUUGGGAUCAGCAGCUAAAACGACGACGUUUUGUUGGAUUUCCUGUUGUUGCAGCGGCAGCUGCAGAUGCUGAUGGCGUUGAGAUCAACAUCUCCGAUGGGACUGUUAAGGCCCCAAAGAGUUUUGGCGAGAGGUUUCCAGCGCUAGUUACUGGUUUCUUUUUCUUUAUGUGGUACUUCCUAAACGUGAUUUUCAACAUACUCAACAAGAAAGUUUAUAACUACUUCCCGUAUCCCUACUUUGUUUCUGUUGUGCAUCUCCUUGUUGGUGUGGGAUAUUGCCUUGUUUGCUGGGCUGUGGGUCUACCAAAACGCGCUCCAAUUGAUAAGGAGCUGUUGGCACUAUUGACUCCAGUUGCAUUUUGUCAUGCCCUUGGUCAUGUCAUGUCCAAUGUAUCAUUUGCUGCUGUUGCUGUGUCUUUUACUCACACUAUAAAAGCUCUGGAGCCGUUCUUCAAUGCUGCAGCUUCCCAGUUUGUCUUGGGCCUUCAGAUUCCAUUGUCUCUGUGGCUAUCCUUGGCCCCAGUUGUUAUCGGUGUAUCGAUGGCAUCACUAACUGAACUUUCUUUCAACUGGACUGGGUUUAUAAGUGCGAUGGUUUCAAAUAUAGCAUUCACAUACAGAAGUAUAUAUUCAAAGAAAGCAAUGACAGGAAUGGACAGUACUAACGUGUACGCCUAUAUCUCAAUAAUUGCUCUCUUCUUUUGCAUCCCUCCGGCAAUCUUUAUUGAGGGUCCUCAACUUAUGGAAUAUGGUUUUAGAAAUGCUAUUGCCAAAGUAGGCCUGAUCAAGUUUUUGUCUGAUCUAUUCUGGAUCGGAAUGUUUUACCAUCUAUACAAUCAGCUGGCUACUAAUACUUUGGAACGGGUUGCACCGCUGACACAUGCUGUUGGAAACGUGUUGAAGCGAGUUUUUGUCAUCGGGUUCUCCAUAGUGGUUUUUGGCAACAAAAUAUCCACACAAACUGGCAUUGGCACUGCGAUAGCAAUAGCAGGCGUCGCCAUCUAUUCUUUGAUAAAGGCGAACAUGGAAGACCAAAAAAGGAAAGCUGCUUCUGCUGUUUCAUCGUAAGGGGUAUUCUUGGACUGGUUAUGCUAUAGACCAUGUUACGUACGUUACGUGAAUGCAUUGGCAGACGCAAGUCUCAUUGACUUUUAUAUUUAUACACAGAGGUGUAUCAGUAUUAUGUAUGGAAUUAAUCCUUCUAACUAGUAAGCUUUUGAUGAUGGAUAGUACCAUGAAAAUAAAUCCCACUAAGAAAUAUGGGGUUGCAUUUUACUUA